CUCAGAAAACCAUGGCAUUAACCUUCAAAAUUUUCUUCCUCACCAUCACACUAUUGUAUUCCCCUCAGCCAUCUUCAGCCACUACAGCACCCAAAAUCUUCAAGAAACUAUACGCUUUUGGGGACUCCAUUACAGACACAGGCAACACAAACUCCAGCACAGGCCCCAUCUUCUUCACCCACGUAUCAAACCCACCCUACGGCCGCACAUUCUUCCACCGCCCCACCAACCGCUACUCCGACGGCCGCCUCGUCGUGGACUUCGUCGCCCAAGCUCUCUCUUUGCCGCUCUUGCCGCCUUACCUCGACUCCAAGGCCGAUAGGUCUUACGGGAUCAACUUCGCCAUUGCUGGCUGCACUGCUAUAAACUACAGGUUCUUUGAGAGGAACAAUAUAACACUAGACAUUACACCCAAGUCACUUGCAACACAGGUGAGAUGGUUCAACAGCUACCUGGAGAGUGUAGGGUGCAGAGACUACAAGAGCACACGAAAGCAGUGUGGGGAGGUGUUUGAUGAUUCACUGUUUUGGGUUGGUGCAAUUGGGAUCAAUGACUAUUCAUAUAUCUUUGGAUCUUCUGUCACUAGUCAGACAAUUCAGCAGCUGUCUAUCAAUAGAACCACUGGCUUCCUACAGACAUUGCUGAAGAGAGGUGCAAAGUACGUGGUGGUGCAAGGCCUACACUUGGCUGGAUGCACAACAUUCAACCUCUACCUAUCCGACGAGGGCGACCGGGACGCCAUGGGGUGCGUAGCCACCGUGAACAACCAAAGCCACGCCCACAACGCCGCCCUCCAAACCCGCCUCGCCGCCCUGCGGAAACAGUUCCCUGAGGCCACCAUCGUCUACGCCGACUACUGGAACGCCUACAAAUCAAUCCUCGCCGACCACAACACCCACGGCUUCACGGAGCCCUUCAAAGCCUGCUGCGGCUCCGCCACGGAGGACCUACACUUCGAUAUCUUCACCACCUGCGGCUCGCCGGGUGCCACCUCUUGCGACGACCCUUCCAAGUACAUCAAUUGGGACGGCGGCCAUCUCACGGAAGCCAUGUACAAGGUUGUUGCGGAUAAGCUCCUCAAUGGCACCUUUUCUCACCCACCCUUUAGUUAUUUGCUCAGGAAGAAGAUAUCCUCUGGUCAUUAAUUCAGUAUUUGUGCAUUGUAAUCUUUUUAAACGUUUUUUGAAUUACAGAGAGAAACCCACUGUUACUAUUUAAGGAUGAUGUGUAAUGGAUAAAUCCUAUUCUUAUAUAUGUAUUUGCAUUAGGCCUUGUUUGAUUUAAGGAUGUGUAUUGAGUAAACUCUAUUCUUAUGUAUUUGUGCCUUGUUUGAUUUAAGGAUGUGUAAGGGAUAAACCCUAUUUUUAUGCA